UCUCUCACGUCGCCUGCUGCAAGAAGGGCCGGUUUCAUUAUUUGUGUCGGAAGCAGCCGCUGUGGAGGGUACUGACUCUCUCUGCGGUCCUGGUGAACCAUUAAACACGGGCAAAAAGGGAACGGAUCCUCUGUAACAGGACGGGAGAUGGAUAACAGCAAAAGGACUGUGGUCGUUACAGGUUUUGGCCCAUUUGGAGAGCACACGGUCAACGCCAGCUGGGUAGCAGUACAGGAACUGAAGAAGCUCGGGCUGGGCAGUGAAGUGGACUUACAUGUAUCCGAGGUUCCUGUAGAGUAUCAGACAGUCCAGAGUUUGGUUCCUUCAUUAUGGAAGCAAUAUCGUCCACUGUUGGUAGUUCAUGUUGGAGUCUCAGGUAUGGCCACCACUGUCACACUGGAAAAGUGUGGCAGAAAUCAUGGCUACAAGGGCCUGGACAACAGCAGCUUCUGUCCUGAUUCACAGUGUUGCAUCGUGGGAGGCCCAGACUGUAUCGACUCAGUUAUUGACAUGGAAUCAGUCUGCAAGAGAGUGACCGCCUCUGGGCUGGGUGUAGCUGUGUCCGUCUCCAAAGACGCUGGAAGGUAUCUCUGUGAUUUCACCUACUACACGUCUCUGUACCUGAGCCAUGGUCGCUCUGCCUUCGUUCAUGUGCCUCCUCUUGGAAAGCCUUACAGUGGAGAAGACCUGGGUCGUGCGCUGCAGGCCAUCGUUCGGGAGAUGCUGGAGCUUCUAGACCAGGCCGAGGAGAAGAUCCACUGCCAGCAGCACUUCCACUAAGUGACCUCCAGACGCCAACCAGCCUCUCCAGCCUUCACCACACAAGAGAAAUUGCACUUAACCACAAGUAGCCAAACUUCUUUUGUUUUUUUGUUUUUUUUAUCUUUGUCUUAACUUGGACAAAAUGAAAACUUUAGCGUAUUGGAUCUCUUCAGUGUUCGUCUCCUUUGUCUUAGGUUUUUGCUUCAUGUUUUGCUUGGCCUGAUUCACUUAUGUUUUAAUGUCUCCCGAUGGUGAGAAGACAAAAUUGGGGUCUCAAGACAACCACCAGUCACGCUGUAACUUUUAGCUUUUGUCCGGCUUCCAAGAAACAUGAAACAUUCUGAUUUUUAUAAUAUGUGAACAACCUUCAAGGAUCACUUAAGAAAACACAGACGCAAAGUGACAUUUCUUUAUAUGCAGAGGGUCUGUAAUGUGGCAGAUAUUACAACCUAUAACUCCAAAUGUGACUUCUAUCAAUGCACCUUAUAGGGUUAGGGUUAUUAAAAUGGUCAUAGAAGUCACAUUUGGGGAAACUAUGAAUGCACGCUACAGUAUUUAACUCAUAAUCCUCAAGUUUUGAAUUUCACUCAGUCACAAUGUUUCACCUCAGUGUCUAUAAAUGAUUAAUGUGCUUGAUACAUUAUGGUUUAAGUAGAAAUGUUUAGCAGUAAACAGUGUUUGCUAAUUUCUGUUUCCUUUUAACUACCUUCUAACUGUGCUGUUUCACACUUGUUGUAUUGUUUCUUAUGUCCUUUUUUCUUUAUAAGAAGUUGUAAAUUUGCCUUCUUUUACAAAGGUUAUUUAAAUCAGGGAACGGGUUGGUUCCAGCUCAUAUUCCCCCAGUUUGUUGGCCCAGUUCUGACCAAUAACCCCCCCCCCCCCCCCUAAAAUCCACCCUACUGAGAUCUGGCCCCAAGCUGUGCAAUGUUAUUUUUACAGAUCUCAAGUUCAGUGAUUUUAGUUAUAGGUUUGUUAGAAUUCUAUCGUGGCUGCACAAUUAUUCAAGAAGAUAUUGAGAAAAAAUGCAGUUUUCAGUUUCCUGGUCUAAAUCUAAAUUGUCUAUCUAUUAAUUAAAACUGAACGAAUAAGAUAUUUUCUCUCUUGUUCAUUUAAUAGAGUUACUUCCUGAAUUUUGUGGCAAGAAAACUGACAUCAAUGAUUUUUGAAUAGCAUAGGAUAGGAAAUGUGCUUCUUGGAGCCUAACUUCACAAAAAUGCACAACUUUUGUGCUGUGUGAAAAACUGUGAAGAAAACCUGCAAUUAUUUGCAGCAUUAUAGACCAAACGACAGACUCCCAAGUUCUUCUUUUUCUCAAUUGUGCAGCCAUAUUUGUUAUUCCAUAAUUAAAGCUUUCCAUUGUUCUCUUCAUUGAAUCAGAUAUAGCUGCUGAUUCUAUCUGAGGAUUUGAUUUGAUGAAGUUGGACUUUUGGUCCAGUCAGAGUUGGGCCUGGACUUUUAUUUCUGUAGCACUUUCUUUUUCUUUCUUUUUCAUUUUUUCUUAAUCUGGAAUAUGGACAGCAAUUUUAGUUACGUGAAUUCUUCUUGAAUAGGGUCACUUUAACUUGAAAUAUGUAGCUUUUCAGACAAACACGCCAAUUCCUUUUUUAUUAUUUUUGCCCACAAUAAUUAUAACUAUGUAUGUGAAGUAUGCUUUAUAGGUCAGCUAUGCUUUAUUUUCCUGAGCUUUGGUUUGUUCUGACAAAACAAAUUGCAGCAGAUUCUGUCACUGUGUCUCUGAUGGUGCCACUCCCAUGUGUAAAUGUUUUAUUUUAUGGCUUUUUCUUUUAUUGUAUUGUCUGUUUCACAGUAUAAACCAGCAUUUUUCUGCCUAGUGAGUCGGCAGAACAGCCCAUGCCACCUAACACAGCAUUAGUUUUAUUGGUUUAGGUAGAAAUUUUAACAUUUAACAGUCUACACUCUGCUGGAGCACCCUGUGUAUCUGCAGAAAAAACUAUUUGUCUGUGGGAAACAUAGACUUAGCUGUAAACUGUCAGAGCUAGUUAUAGGAAACUAACUGAACACUGUGCUUGCAGCAGUCAUGUUCUUAUGGCAUUUUAGUUUAAUGUUUUUUUUUUCACCUGAGUCAAGUAAGUUGGUGCCAGUGAGUACAUUGUUGUUAUUUUUAUUCGUGUGUCAUUUUGAUUGCUCUUCAGUACCAUGUUUGUUAGUUUUUUACCACAAAGUAGCAUCCUGGAACACUGAGCUGAACAAAAAAAACUUCUCAAUUCUAUCUUUUAUUCUUGAUUCUUUUCUUAGCAUUUGUUGUUCGACUUAUCUUGGUUUGGGGGAUUUUAAAAUUUCUUACUGAAUUGUUGACCCGGCAGGUUUUAGUUCCGAGUUUGUAGGUGCUGAUAGUUCACUGUGUGGCUUUGUGAGUGCUGAGAAGUGAAAGAGUUGUGGAGGAACUGCCCCUAAAAUGUCUGCUCACAAAAGUGAAAAAACCUCAAGUUUACAUAUGAGGUGACCUCUGACCCUUGACUCUUUCCUGUGCCUUGCUGAUGUUUAUGUGUUUUAAAGAAAAGGCCUUAAAAAUGCUCAGCAGGUCAGUUCAAAGAUAUAUAUAACUGAUGCUGUCCAGUCAGAUAUGUGGCUACCUCAAAAAUGUUUUUUUUUUUAUCUCAGUGUGUGCUCUGUUAUACAAUAACAAUACAACUCUGUGUUUUACUGUGAGUUUCUCUGCUUAGGGAGAAUCCUCUGAAAGUUGUCCUCUGCGUCUGACAUUAACAAAGCACUGUUACAAUAAGUAAUCUUGGCUUUGUAAAAGGAAAGGCUUUGAAAUAAAAAAGAAUGAAAUAAUUACA